CCAGGACACACUAUCGUUCCUCUUUGAUGAGAUCAACAGGGCUUCAUCAUGGCGGCUAGCUGUAGACAGAUUCUUGGGUUGGUCUUGGCCAUCAUUGGCUUUUUAGGGACAAUCAUCAUCUGUGCUCUUCCACUGUGGAAAGUCUCUGUCAUUGGUACCACCAUUGCCACUUCUCAGAUCAUCUUUGAGGGUUUGUGGAUGAACUGUGUGAUGCAGAGCACAGGCCAGAUGCAGUGCAAACCCUAUGAUUCUACGCUGACCUUACUUCAAGACUUGCAGACUGCUAGAAAGCUCAUUGUCAUCGCCAUCAUCGUUGAGUUCUUUGGGAUUCUGCUUGGUGUGGUUGGGGGCAAGUGCACUAACUUUAUGCCAGACGAAAGGCAAAAGACCAAAGUGGCUAUAGCUUCUGGAGUUCUUUUUCUCAUUGCAGCCACCUUGGUGGUCCUACCAGUUAGCUGGACCGCAAACACCAUCACAGCUGAUAUGUUCAACCCUGACCUGACCAGUAAUCAGAGGAUAGAUCUGGGUGCUGCGCUCUACAUGGGAUGGGCCUCCACAGGACUGUUAUUCCUCGGAGGGAGCCUCCUCUGCUGCUCCUUUUCCUGCAGGAAUGAGACUGACAAUGAUCUUAGAUACUCCAAGGUUCACACUAAACGCCAACGUUUAUGUAGCCGGAAUUCUGUUAGAAACAAGUUAAAGGUUUCAUGAAGAUUUCCCUGUCUGUUUGACAGUAUUAACAUAAUUAAUAGUGUUAAACCUAAUUAAAAUAAGUGGGAAUGUUUGCAUUGUAUCUAACUUAAUUUUUUUCUGUUUUCAAAACAGACUGUAGGAACACACAUACAGUAUGUGGAAUCUGUUUGUGAGGGCAUACCAGUCAAAAGUAAAAAUGUUUCUUAAUUCUUUAUUUUCAGACAACAGUUUAUGUUUACAAGGCAAAUAACAGAAUCGGUACAAUGUCAUAUCUUCUGCUGUGCGUGGAUUUUUCCAGAAUAUGGGAACUUUGUUCAGCAAGACUGUUUUCUGAAUAGAUUUUAUGGAUGAACCUUCAUGAGGCAUUGAAGCUUUUCAUUUAAUCGGUGAACCCAUGGGUCGAAGCUUCAUUUGCUCUACUGCGCCAUCAAGUGGACGAUCAAUGUAAAACAGGCAGAGUGAUUAUAAUCACAAAGUGGCUUUGGUGCACGAAACUUUGAACAGAAUAAAUGAAUUAUUUUUGU